AGCAAAAUCCGAAGAUGAUUGGCCCAAAGAGGAUUUGCCCCGCCCCAAUCACCGCGGCAGCUGGCCGCGGCGGGCGGGGGGGGUCCCUCCGCCGGAGGGUUUAAAGGGCACCUCCGUGGGGGCCACUCAGCUGGAGCGACCGACCGGUGCCAGGCCAGGUGUGCGCGUCCGUCGGUCCUUCCGUGCCCGCGCCGGAGACCAGCCCCGGAGGCCGCCCGGGCCCGUCCCUGUGCCCGGCACCAUGAAGCAAGAGCCUGCAGCCCAGAACACCCCGCCCCCCUCGCCGUCUCCGAACGCAUCCGCGCAGUACCCCCAGGAGGAUGGCGACCCUCCAGCACUUUGGAUUUUCGGGUAUGGCUCCCUAGUGUGGAGGCCCGACUUCGCUUACAGUGACAGCCGUGUGGGCUUCGUGCGAGGCUACAGCCGCCGUUUCUGGCAAGGAGACACCUUCCAUCGGGGCAGCGACAAGAUGCCUGGUCGUGUGGUGACCCUCCUUGAAGAUCGUGAGGGCUGCACUUGGGGUGUGGCAUACCAGGUCCAAGGUGAGCAGGUGAGCGAGGCCCUGAAGUACCUGAAUGUGCGAGAGGCAGUGCUUGGUGGCUAUGACACCAAGGAAGUCACUUUCUAUCCUCAAGAUACACCUGAUCAACCACUCAAGGCAUUGGCUUAUGUGGCCACCCCACAGAACCCUGGCUACUUGGGCCCUGCUCCAGAAGAGGCCAUUGCUACACAGAUCCUGGCCUGCCGAGGCUUCUCUGGUCACAAUCUUGAGUACUUGCUGCGUCUUGCAGACUUCAUGCAGCUCUGUGGGCCUCAGGCCCAGGAUGAGCAUCUGGAAGCCAUCGUGGAUGCUGUAGGCACCAUGCUGCCCUGCUUCUGCCCGACGGAGCAAGCUCUGGCGCUGGUCUGAGGGGCUGAGCCCCUGCAGGGAGUGCCCAUGUGGACAUCAGGGCCAGGUGCCCACCACAGUGCUUGAUACAAACUUGAUACAGCUAGAAUUCCUGAGAUGUCAUGGUAGACAACUGGGGACUUCUCUUCCUAAGCCCCUGUCAGUCUGCCAGCUUCUAGCUCUCCUGCUUGACACUGACUUCUGAACACUUUAUUUAUUGCACCAUGUUGGUGUGGUGGCAGGGUGGGUGGGGGGGGGGCCUGCCCUGGACAUGGCCCUGCUGCGCAGUGGCUCCACCUCAGGCCCUGGUGCCUGACCAGAUUUCCCUCAUUGCUGCUGCUAACCCCACACUACACAGGCCUCCACCUCUCCAGGGAGCCUCUAAGAGCCUUGAUUUUCUGUCCAUCCAGACCAACCAUUUCCCAGCCUUGGAAAUAUUACCUGCCCAAGUUCCCAGCCAGCAGGAGGGGCAGUGGGAAGUGAGCAGAGGGAGCCCUACAAGGACUCAGUCCCUUUCCAAUCCCACUCACCCACUAGAGUCCCAGGGCAGAGCUGGAUCUGUUGCCUAGACAAAACUGCUGAGACUGGGCCUGGGCCUCUUACCUUUUGGGUUUUGUUUCUCCGACUCUGUCUCCUUGUCUGUCUGGACCACUUUUGUGUAUCUGUUGGUCUGUUUCUGGGAAGCUCAUCACCAUAGGCCCUUGCUCCUUCCCUGUCUGUCUCAUACUGUUAUUCAUAAAUUGAUCUCUUAUUAUCUCUGCUGUGCUGGGAUGUGCUUCUUUCUUUACAUGAGGGUUGGGGUAAGCAACAGGUAUACCCUAGAAGUUUCCUAGGAGGGAAAAGGCUUGGACCCUAUACCAGGUCUUCCUUCAGCUGCAGGGCCAGCUGCUAGCUCUUCCUGGCAGGUGGGCCAGAACUCUGGCUUCCUACUAAAGGAGCAUGUGGAUUAGGGUAUGGGGAUGACAACUUCUGGGCAACACUGACAGUGGGAUUCUGUGGCCUGUAGGACCUGAGGUCCCUUUUACUUCCAGGGUCAGAGUGCUCACAGCUGCCUCCUGGGGCUGCAGUUAUUGGCUGUCCCUUCUUCUGUCUCAAGCUGCCAAGACUUGCCCAUAUUGGGAUAAGUUGUAAGAUGCUCUCUUGUUGCUGCAUAUUUACCCCCUGCCUCUCCCUGUGUACUCUUCCUCAGGUUCUGGCUCCAGGGAGGUCACAGUACCUAGAUGUCAGCCUGGUCUGCCCCUCUUUAACAAUGAAUGGCUCCUAUGAGGGUCUCCUGGACCUGCAAGAUGGGAGUGGGGCCAAGAUGACAGGAUUUAGCAGAAGAGUCUCUGUCCAAACCACCCCUUCCUUCACUACCUAGAGACCUCAGAGAAGUACCUAGCUCUCUGAGCACUUCACCCUAUGAGGGGACAGAUCCCAUGAAAUGAUGGAUGGGGACAGGCUGUGUGGUAUGUACUGCUGUUGUGGCCAGUGCCCUGGAUUGGUCUGGUGUCCCCAGCAGGGUCAGUUCCGAUCAAGUUGGGCAGGUGUUGUGCCUGGGGAGGGUGCCAUGCUGAGUCGUGUGCCCAUGUCUUGGCAGCCUUGUAAUCUUAGCCAUUGAUGGGAAAAGUGUGGAGUUCAGCCAGGUUCUUCUGGGAACCUGGUCAGGACAACACAACAAGUGUGUGACAGAAAUCCCUGGGCAGCCACCUCUGGGGCUUCCUGCAUCAGAGCAGAGCCUGGCUCUAGACUGGAGGUUGAACGGGGUGGGGAGGGCUAUUUGUCAGCUAAACAUGUUCCUCAAGUCAUUGUGUCAGGCACUGUUCUAGGCACUGGGGAUACAACAAUAAAAGGGUCUUCUCUCUCUUUC